AUGCCACCCCGCAAGGCCAACUCGAAGAAGGGCAGAAAGACUGAACCCAGUCCUCCUGCUCGCGUCCCACACGGCACGGCCGUGUCCAUCGACAGUAACUACUUCCCGCACAUUAUCGACCGGAUCAUCCACUACGCCGACGCGUUUGCCCUUCUCAAACUCCGUUCUCUCUCCCAUUCGUUCCAGGACAGGGUUGAUCCAGUUCUGUUCAAGUAUGUCACUGCUCAACCGAUCGAAGCAGACAACCGGAGCCCGUGUCUGGUGGUUCGCGCAAGCCCCGAGUCAAAGGACGUGGCCCUCCAUCUUGACCUCGACAUUCACCAGGACCUUAUCAAUUUUUACACCCGCAUUCUGGACGUGGUCGACGUGGAGGCGAGGCAGCUCGACCUACCAGAUAUUCAUGUCGACACCAUUCGUGUUUCGGGAGAUUUCGUUAAUGGUCCCAUCUGUCGUUGCAACAACUUCAUCAUAUUCAAGGAAUACCCCUUGGACGAGUCCUCUCUCCCUUGCAUUGAUCCGGGCCCGUCAAAGUCUGUUUUCAAUGGCACUCGACUCCAAGACCCUUCGAAUCUAUUCUUCCCUGCAGAAUUCUUCUGGGAAAUGAAUGAUAUUGUUCUCACCUUCAGCGACUGGUCACCACCUUCAAACCGAAGCGCCUACCGUUACACGAAGGAGGGCGUGCCUGAUGGUAACGCCUUUGUCGAUGGAACGUUCACUAUCGUCGACUUCAAUCUCGUCGAUCCAAGGUGGUGGGGAUACGACAAGCGCGGCCCUUCAAACGACCAGCAACUGCUCGCGAGUUUUCCGCCCCAUUCAGGAGCUCUCGUCGCACCCAAUCCGGCAAGCGUCGACCCCAAGUUUCACCCCAACAGUUUAUCUACGAAACUUGUAUUUAUGACAGGCCCCGAGUACUAUGCCACCCUGUCACCGGAAGAGCUGUGGCUCGAGACGCACCCCCCUGUGUGUACCAUGUGA